AGGGAAGCCUUGUAAAAUGGACAUAAUGGAACACAACAUGGACACUGUAUAUUUGUAAUGAGCCCAUCAUUUUAAGCAUGGAUGCUGAUAGUUUUUGUUGCUAAAGUGAGUUGGUAGCAGAAAUUGGGUCACUACAGGGAGAAUCAGCUCUCUCGGAAACUAUCACAGAUGGUGUCCAUUGCUCUGUGUAGCGAAAUGGAGACGCAAACAUGUUGUGAAGACUCUGCAGUGGGGCCUGGAGAAGUACAAUGCGACAUUUCUGAGCUUGUCGAUGAAGAAAGAUCUACCCAACAUCUCCGCGGCACUGCAGAGGAAGAUGAGGAGCAGCAUGGCAAAGAGCAAGGAGAACCAAAAAGCUAUGGAGAAGUUAAAAAUACUGAGGUCAUGAGAGAAAGUAGAGAGACACAAGGCAAAUUUCAAAGGACGCUGAAAAAAACAAACAGUUGGAAGAUGGUCCGAUUCCAAGACCCAUCUUCGACAGCUGAUGCAGUGUUGAGGAGGGACAGUUCAGUGGAGAGUCUCUUUCCAGAAUAUUAUCAAGAGGAGUGGGCAUCCUCCAGAUUUCAGGACUUAUUUAAUGCAGACGACUGGGAGAACCUCACAGAAGAUAAGCUGUUGCGGAAGAAGGUACUGGAACCCGGGGCCUCAGAUGUCCUGUGCCCAACCUGGGGCCAGGAGGUCACGGUCAAAAUGCAGUGUGUGAUGGAGGACCGCACCGUGGUGGAGAAGGACUGCAAGCUUGUAUUUGUUAUUGGAGAGGGAGAUGUCAAUCAGGCCCUGGAGGAGUGUGUCAUAUUCAUGCAGAAAGGAGAGAUCACAUUACUGCUGGCUGAUUCACAGUAUGCUUACGGACGUCUGGGAAGGGAGCCUGAUAUUCCAGCUUGGGCACCUUUGCUCUACCAACUCCAGCUGCUGGACAUCAGAGAGAAACCAGACCCCUUAACUCUCUCUGUAGCAGACCGUAUCCGCCUCGGCAACCAGAAACGAGAACGAGGCAACUUCCAUUUCCAAAGGGAGGACUACAGCAUGGCUUCAAGAGCUUAUUGUAUGGCUCUGGAUGUGCUGACCACAUGCUGCAGAGAUGGCAGUGACAGCGGGGUGGAGGCGGAGGAGGUGCAGGAGGACCGCAUCAAGUGUCUGAACAACUUGGCCGCCACUCAGUUCAAACUGGGCCACGAUGACGAGGCUCUGCACACCAGCCGUGACGUUCUGACCCUUGAGCCAAACAAUGUCAAGGCCCUUUUCAGGACGGGGAAGCUCUUGUCAGACAAGGGUGAAUACAAAGAGGCCAUGGAGGUACUAAAAAAGGCCUUGAAACUGGAGCCUGCCACUAAGGCAAUCCAUGUUGAAUUAUCUAAACUAGUGAGAAGACAGUCGGGAGGAGCAGCUAGUCAGGAGUGGAAGGCCAAACCGGCACACAUACUCGGAGAGAAUAUCACACCUUUUCUAAUUCCUUCAAAGAAAAAGCCCUCUAUUUCCUGGAAGUUUAUACUUGGAGCUCUGGUGGUGGCUUUGGGCAGCUUAGUGAUGUCGCUCGUUCUGACGGCGAGAAACUGA